AGACAAAGCGAGAUAACGUCCAGUGCGAAUGUCUCGCCAUUUGUUGGAGCACAUCUCGCUUCAUUUCUUACAAGAAUACGACAGGACCGUAGAAUAAUCAAAGUAAGCAGCCGUGAGUCACGGCCACAACCAUGGCAAGUUGGCAUCGCCAACAAGUCGAACUACCACUUCCACAACAGACAGCAGUGAGUCAGUGCCGAUCAGAAGUCAUUCUACCAGCACCAUGAAGAGCUUUCUCUUCCCCUUCAUCGCAGCCGCCAUUGCCGCCGUCACGACCGCAUCGAAUGACUUUCUGUACUCGACGCGGAUGAUCGAGAGCGUGAUCAGCCGCAAGCAGGGUGUGGUGUCGUCGGGCGCCGUGACCAGCACCCUCGAGUCGGGUGUCCUCGCCCUCGCGAUUCAGUCAUGGCUACACACCCACGGCCAGGACGGUGACUCGGAACGCGUCGCCAACUUCACGACAUACGCAGACUCGAUCGUAACGUCUAUUUCACCGUCCUUCAAGAGCCCCGAAGCCGCGGCUAAAAUGCCCAUGGACCGACUUACCAUCGGCCAGGCCCUCCUCCAUAUCAACGCAACUGAGGGCACUCUCACAACAGCCGAGUCAGAUACCUUAUCGUUGCUCAACUCCUCUCUGACCCUGCAGAACCGCAACCAGUACCAUGGUUUCUGGUACUACGUUUACCCGAACUGGUCGUACCUCGACGGCACAGUGUCGUUCCUGCCCUACAUGGCCACUGCACCGGGCUGGUCGUACGAGGAUAUGCUAUUGCAGAUCGAGCUGCUUUACCGUAAUACCUACGACAAGUCCACUGCGUUGGUGGUGCACGGCUACGACGCCUCCAAGACGGCGGUGUGGGCCAACAAGGUUACUGGUGCUAGUCCCUACGUUUGGGGCAGAUCGCUGGGCUGGUACCUCGCUGGUCUAGUCAACGCGUGGGAGAAGCUCGGAGACUGUUAUGGCGGAUCCAAUGCCGCUUGUGUGCGUCUGACCAAGGAGAUCCAGCUCCAGGCCUCUCAACUCUGCACGAGCAUCGCUACCUACGCCGACAAGGCCACGGGUGUCUGGUGGCAACUUCCUACGUUCGGUGGUAAAAAAGGGAACUUCCUCGAGAGCUCUUCCACGAUGCUGUACACGUUUUCUAUUCUCAAGGGUCUGCGUCUCGGUAUGCUCAAAGACAAAGCCGGCAAGCUUCUAAACACCGCGACCAAAGCCUAUGACUACACUGUCAAGAGUGGUGCUUUCCUCCUCGACUACCACAACGGCACCCUGGGCUGGAACGGAACUGUGGCGGUGUGCAGCCUCAACUCGACGGCGACAUACGAGUACUAUGUUGGCAGGCCGAUCGUGCACAACCACGCCCUCGGUGAGGGAGCCUUCAUUUUGGCGAGCCUGGAGAUGGAGCGUAUUACCAAUUAGGACGACAGGACGUACCAGUACUGUACUUAUCAAGAUAAUUGAUCCUUCCUACUAGUGACUUACAUUGUGUGGGUGAACAACUGUAGCAAACCAGUCACAAACUUCCAGGAAAAUGAACAUGCAACGGACACUGAGCUACGAG